AAUAGCGGUGCUAACAAGGGUGGUAGUCAAAGUGGUAACAACGGUGGAUCUUCCACCACUGGCGGUAACUCCGGCAGUGGCAACAAUGGAAGCAAAGGUGGUAGUUCCGGUAACGGUGGCAGUCAAGGAGGCAUUUCCAUUGGCGGUCAAGGAAGCUCUUCUGAUGGCAAUAGCGGUGCCAACAAGGGUGGUAGCAACGGUGGAUCUUCCAGCACUGGCGGUAACUCUGGCAAUGGCAACAAUGGAAACAAGGGUGGUAGCUCUGGUAACGGUGGCAGUCAAGGAGGCAUUUCCAUUGGCGGUCAAGGAGGCACU